ACUCCACGUGAGCAAGCCAAGAAGAGACCACAAACAAACCGCUAAGCAAGCACGAGAGAGAAAACAAUCACAAUGACCUCACACGUCAACAGGUCGCUGCCUUUUCUCAUCGCCCCGUCGGAGGCCACGCCCGCCGGCGCCCUCCCCCUCACCGCCAUGGACAGAGCUCUUGCUUCCCUUCCUAUGACAGCGCUGUUCGUCUUCGAGAACCCCAUCGAUCAGCCAGCCGAAACCAUAGCGAGAGCUCUGUCCCGUGCGCUUGUUCCCUACUACCCAAUGGCCGGCCGCCUCACCAUCACCGGCGACCAGCUGAAAAUCGCGUGCACCGGCGAGGGCGUCGCGUUCGCUGGCGCGUCCGCGAGCUGCACCCUGCAGGAGGCCGGGCUCUCCGGCCCGCGUCCGGUGAUCACCGUCGAGGACCUCACUAUGAACUACGCCGGCCAGUACAGCACGGAGGAACCGCCGUUGUUGCUGGUGCAGGUGACCGAGUUCUCCUGCGGUGGCUUCGCCGUCGGGGUGACGUGGAACCACGUCGUCACCGACGGCGCCGGGAUGGCGCAGUUCUUGCAGGCCGUCGGCGAGUUUGCCCGCGGGUUCCCUUCUUCCCCUUCUGUCUGGCCGGUGAGGGUGGACCACGCCCUCCCUGAGCUUCCCCCGCCGAUAACAAACAUGACCAAGGCACUCGUCGGCGGCCAGCACAGCGACUUCCCAUCCUCCUACAUCACUGUUCCGCUCAGCUUCAUCGACCACGUCAAGGAUGAGUUCCGUCGCCGUCGCAGCAGCGGCGAGGUGGCGCCGGCGUCGUGCACCGCGUUCGAUGUCUUCACGGCCGCCAUAUGGAAGUGUCGUGCACGCGCGACGAUCGCCAGCGCCGCCUGCCAGGACGCUCCCACGGUGCUCACCUUCACCGUGAACGUGAGGAAGCCGGCGAAGGCCAAGGACGGCUACUACGGCAACGUCUUCGCCUUCGGCCUUGCUGCCUCGACGCUGCGUGAGGUCGCCGACGGCGACAUCCUUGACCUCGUGAGGCUGGUAAAGGAUGCCAAGGCACGGGUCCCGUACACGUUUGCUGACGGAGCGGCGUACAUCGCCGACGAGAUGGGCGGCCGGCUCAAGGGCCUCGACGGUUAUGACACCUUGUAUGUGACCAGCUGGUGGAAUCUCGGCUUGGACGACGUCGACUUCGGCAGCGGCGGCGCUGAACGUGUCAUUGGGAACAUGGAGCGCAAGGUGGUGCCAGGCUGCAUCCUGUGUGGGAGGAAGGACAAGGCCGACGGUGUCGCCGCCAUGGCGCUCUGUGUCAAGCAGGAGCACGUGGAGACCUUCCAUGCGGAGCUGCAAAGCCUCAAGUGAUGUGGAUAAUAUGAAUAUUGUCUUUUUAGUUUGUUAGUGCACACAAAAACAUAGACUCUUUGCCCAUGGAAUUGCUGUAACACCCGGCCCAAUGCUUAAUAGGAUUAAUAGGAGACUCAUACCAACAAGUUGCAACUUCUUUUCCGGAAGCCUAUCUCGAAAGAACUCUAAAGUUAAGCGUGCUUGGCUUAGAGCAAUUUAGAGAUGGGUGACCGACCGGGAAGUACUUCUCGGGUGCGCGCGAGUAAGGACAAGCGGACCCGGCCACGUGAAGGCGGGACGUUACAAUUGCACAUAGAAAUCAGUUUAUUUUCCUUUCGUAUAACAAACACAACAAUCAAAACUGGAGUACUUGUUUUUUAUUUAUGAGUGAGCCGUUCAAAUAAAACAUCAAUAAUCAGAACUUAA